AUGGAGGUUAAGGGGCAUGAGACAGACCCCGGCAAAUCUGGCCAUGGUCAGGGGAAUGCUAAGCCUGUGAAUAGUAGACACGAAGAAGCAAAGGAUGGUAAAACAAACGUUCCACGUCAAAGGUUUGAUAUAUAUGGCAACAGGCUGCCCUGUGGUCUCACAGAAUCGAUGCUGUCGACUCUUCAUUAUAUGAAGUACAGAGAAGCCAUAAGAAGGUAUACCGGAGAAUUCAGAAACUGCCCAUACGUUGUUUCUGCACUCUACAUUGUACUGGUCAUUUGUGUUAUACUGACCACAUCGCUAAUAUCGCAAUAUCUCGAUCCUACGGACCCUGGAACAAUACGAGGUAGCGAAAAUGCAACAUGGUAUAGGCUGUAUAUUAUGGAGGCUAACAACUUUGCAAUGAUUGUAUCUGUCUUAAUGGGAGCGUUUACAGUUGCAAACCUCUACUUUUGCAUUCACCCCAAUUCAUACUCGAAAAUUGCCUGCUCAUCAAAGGUAACAAUCAAGGUUUUCUUCCUGCUCUACCCCUUUUUGAUGGUCUACAACUACCACAAAAAUCAUACGUCGAUCGCACCUAGAGCAGUCUACAAUAUCAGAGCCUAUAAUGUUGUGGGAAAUUUUCACUAUGACACAAUUCUGCUCACGAUUUUUUCAUUUCUCCUAUUCUUCUUCAAUAUUAUCGCAUUUCUUUAUCGCUUCGUCUACCCACAUCUUCUCCUCACAAUGAUAAAUGAUGAUGUAAAACUUUUUAGGGUACUGGAGUUUGAAGAAGUUCGCUUCAACGUCCCGCAUGUACCUGGAAUUCCAGAUGGAAGAGUUCCAGGAUAUCGUAUAAAGCUUGGACGAAUCAGAGAUUCUUCUGGACGUCUUAAAGAGCCGAGUCGUCGCUAUAAAAUUAUAAGUGGGCUGAUAAAUCUCAUGCACUUUAGUAGGAGAAAAUCAUACGAUACCUACCAGUACGUAGGACAACUUAAUAAUCUCUUGAGGCCGCACGGAUUCGGGUUUUGGAAUAGCCCAAACUUUCACGGAGAAUUACUAAUGGGAUUUUGGGAAGGAGGAUUUCCGUUUUCACCAUUCAAAAGCAGAGAGAUUGGAACAAAUUCAGGAUUCUCCAAUGUUGUUGUUGGAUGGGUUCAGUGUAGGACCGAUGGAAAUAUGCAAAUGGGAGUAGCAAAUGCAGAGUGUUGUGUGAGCGGACCAUUUUUCAGGACAUUUCCUAGAAUUAUGCAGUACUAUUCUGCACCAAAUGAGGAUUUGGCACACGGAAAGGUACUAAAGUUUUUAGGUAUUAGUGAUGUUUUUACUGGAAAAGUAUCUGACCAUGCAUACUUUACAGAAAACAAGGUUUUGAUGACUCUGCAAGGAGUUUCAAAUGAUAUAGUCUCAUACAGAUACGGAAAUAUCCUAAGUUACGUUCAGAAAACUUCCCUUAAAAAAGGAAAACUAAGGACGAUAUUUAACAGACCAAAACAAUCAAAGGAUAUACCAAACAUAUGUUCAAAGUGUAUGGAAUGUAUCCUCUAUGGCCUAUCCAUACAUACUCCGUAUUUUUAUACAAGCGAUGCAUCAACCUUACAAGUUUCACUUGAUGAUACAAAUUUAUAUGUUCAUGGCUAUAUUCGCAAAAAUCCGUCUGGGAAUGAGAAACGCGUUGAAACUUCAAAAGAUACUUUGGCGAAAUCUGAUGAGACUGAGUCGUCACCGACUCAUGGACAAAUGCCAGAAAUGGGCUCCAGCACAGCGGUUGGAGUAGAUGCUGUUAAAGAUGUAGAUGAAAUGUCUUAUGACCCACAAAAGGUUAUAAUUAGCGUAGAGGGCAACCCUCCAAAACUCUCAGUCUCUGGAUGGGUGAGAAGAGAGGAGGUAAGAGCUCUGGAAGCUUGGGUAUACAUUCACGGGUUCAAUGUCAGCUGUAUCGAUUCUAUAAGUAUAUUUGGACAAAUCAUUUCGUUUGGAAACUACCCACAGUAUAUAAAACCAUUUGUAUUCAGUUGGCCAUCUGGGAGUAGGCUCACGCAAUUUAGGUAUGCAAUUGCGCAUUCGACUUCUUCUGCCACUAAAACCGCAUUUUUACUCAUGCUCAAGGCAUUUUUGGAUAAUGGAAUUAGGGAUGUGCAUUUUAUGACACAUAGUAUGGGCGCUACAAUGUUCCUUUCUGCAUUUGCUGACAUCCUAAAUUCAGAAGAUAAAGACAUUUUUAAGCCACUUGAUAGCAAUGAGCACGGAAAUCAAUUAAGAAUACUUACAGUGACACUCCUUAAUCCAUUUCAUCCUGUUCAAGAAUUUAUUGAACAUGACUAUCCAAGACUAAAGAAGUAUUGCUCGCAUAUUACAAUUUUCUCGGAUACAAAUGACAAGGCUCUAAGAGUAGCGGAAAUUAUCACUCUAAAGAAACGUCUGGGUCGUUGUGUGAACAAUUUGUUUACAUUUUCUGAAAUAGAGGAUCCAGAAAAGGUGAGAGGGUAUAGGAGUACACUUUGUUCUAUCGUAUUACCAUUCACCAUGGAAGAGUCCAGUUUGCAUAGACCCAAGAAGGACAAGAAGAGGACUUGGCUAGAUGUGGAUGUUAUAGAUACCACGUGCCUAGGAUCAAACGUCCAUGCCAUGAGACACUCUUAUUGGUUUUUAAACAGAGAGGUCAUGGAGGAUUUGAGGGACCUAAUCGUAUCGAGAAAGCGCGCUGAACAACGCACUUCUAGGCUUGACAGAAGUUUGGGUAAUGCAUGGGUCUACAGGGUUGCUCCCGUAAACAUAAACACAAUCUUCGAAACAAUGUUUUGA